AUGGAGCCUAAGCUCUUGUUAUCCUCAUCUACUGCUUCACUAGCUGCUCCUUUACCCUUUCUUCUCUCACAAAAAUCUUUUUAUUUCCUCGAAAGACCCAAACUUUCUGUCAGAACCCAUCUCUCUGUGUCAUCAUUUCAACUAGAAAAGUCGCAGUUUUUAGGCAAUGGUUUGGUUUUUGAAGAGAAAAAUGGUUCUUUUACCGGUAAAUUAAGAAAAACCUAUGUUCCAUUUGAGCCCAUUAGAGCUGCUGGUGUAAAGUGGAGAAAGGAGCGUCCUUUUGAUAACGUGAUUGACAGGGACAAGAAGUUGAAAUUAGUUACGAAGAUAAGGAAGAUUUUGGUUAAUCAACCGGAUAGAGUUAUGUCACUUAGGGAAUUGGGUAAGUUUAGAAGAGAAUUGGGUCUUACAAAAAAGCGCCGAUUUAUUGCUUUGUUGAAAAAAUUCCCUGCUGUGUUUGAGAUUGUGGAAGAAGGGGUUUAUUCAUUGCAAUUCAGAUUGACGCCUGAGGCCGAAAGGCUUUAUUUAGAGGAGUUGAAGGUUAGGAAUGAGAUGGAGGAUCUGUUAGUUCUUAAGUUGAGGAAAUUGUUGAUGAUGUCUAUGGAUAAGCGGAUUUUGUUGGAGAAAAUAGCCCAUUUGAGGACUGAUUUUGGAUUACCGUUUGAAUUUCGGGAUACGAUUUGUCAUAGAUAUCCACAAUACUUUAGAGUUGUUGCAACAGGAAGGGGUCCUGCGCUAGAAUUAACACAUUGGGAUUCCGAGCUUGCAGUAUCAGCAGCUGAAUUAGCUGAAGAGGAGAAUCGGGCCAAAGAGCUACAAGAGAAAGAUUUGAUUAUUGAUCGACCACUAAAGUUUAACAGAGUGAAGCUGCCUAAGGGUCUACAGCUUUCCAAGAGUGAAAUGAGAAGGAUUUGCCAGUUUAGAGACAUACCUUACAUAUCUCCUUAUUCAGACUUUUCCCAUUUGAGAUCAGGUUCAAAGGAGAAGGAAAAGCAUGCUUGUGGGGUUGUUCAUGAGAUUUUGAGUCUCACUGUUGAAAAGAGGACCCUUGUUGAUCACCUUACUCAUUUUCGAGAGGAGUUUAGAUUCUCUCAGCAGCUGAGGGGGAUGCUAAUUAGACAUCCUGAUUUGUUUUAUGUGUCUUUGAAAGGGGAAAGGGAUUCAAUUUUCCUAAGGGAAGCAUAUUGUGGUUCUCAUUUAGUAGAGAAGGACCGGCUGUUGCUUAUAAAAGAGAAGCUUCGUUCUCUUGUUACGGUUCCUAGAUUCCCUAGGAGAGGUGCUCCAAAGACAGAUGCGGCAGGUGGAGAAGAUGGAAUUUCUGGGCAAGAAGAUGGAAGUGGUGAGCAGGCUGAAGAUUGGUCUGAUGUUGAUAGUUACAUGAGUGGUGAUGAGCUUGAUGACGAUGAAGAUGAUGAUUAUGAAGACAAUUGGAGUGAUGAAGAUGAUGAUAUGCCUCCAGAUUUUGAUGAUGAUGGUGGAACUGUGAAACUUCGUUUGAGCAAAUCAAUUAGCCAGCCAGAUACUGCAACAAAUGACAAAGAGAAGGUGCUCAAUCCAAUGUUUCCUGAUGGCCGACCAAGAGAUCGUUGGUAA